GGGUUGGGUUUAGUUUUAGCUGUUACUCGCGGUCUCUUGCCACUCGCGCAGAGUCUGACGCGGGCUAACUACACUACUAGAUAGCAUGCGAGAGGCGAUACACGCCCUGCGUUGCAUCUUCUGGUGCCUCCGUGGUACGCAGAGCACGCGGAUCGAUCCGACUGUAGGUGGUAUCCUUUGUGAGACGAAAGAACACUCGAGAAGUGAGAUGAAGAGUAACAGACAAACAGACAGA